AUGGCGCCCUUUUGUUUUCCUGGUGCUGAUGCACUGGGCGAUGCGAUGAAAAAGUGUCCCUUCUUACACAACAUUGCUCAGACUCAUGGCACAGAGUAUGCCACUAGCCUUGCUUGCAAGUCGACCUGCCCCAGUGGGCAUGGUAGCGCGCACCGUCCCGUGCUCACAGAGGAUGACGAUGGUAGUGACUUUACUAGGACGUUAGCGCUCUUUCACGGGCAGAAUGGCGUUCUUCCUUUGCCCCAUCUUUCUGUGGCGGAGCAAAAAGUUCUGUACCCUAUGGAGCAGCCUAUUGCGCCUGCUGAGCCUGAGAGGCCUCGGUGCCCUUUCUCGGCUGGGGUGCCCACUAGCGACACUUCCAGUUUCGACGCUCCUCUUUUUGCGGCUGCUCCUUUUGCCUCGAUGUCUAUGUCCUGGGGCAGCAAUUGGUUCAAUAUUCAUCACCUGUUUCAGAAGCACCUAAAUCAACAUCGGGCCCAGCAGCGCAAGCCACCUCAACAGCCGCAGCAGCCCAGAGGAAACCAGUACGGAGGGCUUUCAGGUCCCGGGCUGGGAGGCCCGGGUUCAGCCAGCGCGCACGGCGCCGGCACGACAGGUGGAGGCAAGUGCCCAUUGCGAAGAGCUCUGGGCCCUUUAGCCGGCGUUGUCUUCAACAAGCAUGGCCAUUUAUCCUGCCCGGAGCCGAUUGUCAAGAUGCGUGCUGCGCUAGCAGCAACGCGCCCCGUCCGCGAGCUUCGGCCGCAGGCGCUUCCCAUCAAGCUCCUGGCAGUCGCUAUGACUACCGCUGUGCUCAAUGUGCCUUGCGGCAUGUGGAGGGAGCACACGGAGAAGUUUUCAUCACAAUGGUUCAUUGCGGUUCACGCGACCAUUCCCUUCAUUGCAAUGCUGCGGAAGGCGGUCAUUAUGCCAAAGUACGCCAUCCUCUUCACCAUCUGCUCGGCCAUAGCGGGGCAGGCCAUGGGCGCUAGGCUUGAGCGCCGGCGGCUGCUGGCGGCAGCCAAGGAUGAGCUGGGCGGCCUGGCUAAGGCAUCGGUGGCCGUCUCAUCCACUCACAGCCGUUCCGCUGCCCCCGUCAGCCGCCACCAAGCGCCGCUUCCUGUGGCGUCCUUGCUCAUGUCUGCUCAGCCGUUGGACCGAUCCGUCAUGAUGCCGUUGGUGGCGUCGGCGUCGGCGGCAUCCGUGACCCACGGGUCGUCGUCGGCGCUCUGGAGAACGGCGCAGGACGGCAGCGCAGGCGAUGACUAUCCGGAGGGCUUUGGCGCGGAGGGCUCACCGUGUGGGACGAAGCCUCUGGCGGUGGCGGGGUGCGCGGAUUCGCCGCAGUGGGUUGCGCAGCAGCAGCAGCAGCAGCAGCAGGUGGGACAGGUGCAGUUUCGGGUCAGCAGGAGGAUUGGCAGGAGACCUGAGCAGCAGGCCGUGAGGGGCGGCGGCGGCGGUUCGGCGAUGGGCAACGGCGGCGCACAACGGUUGCUGUUGGAGCAUGAUCCUUUGGUAGCCCCUGUAGCUGUGAUGGCCAUGGUGCCUGAGGUCCAGUGCUAG